AUGAUAGAGAGUCAACUUCGUUCACUUGAGACCUUAGGCAUAACUGCUGACAAAUAUGCGGCAAUAUUGUAUCCCCUUAUUGAGUCAUGUUUACCGGAGGAUAUGAUCAGACUAUGGCAUAGAUCUUCACAGUUUUUAAGGCCUUCUGGUUCCGUAUCCAUGCACAAUGUCGAAGAAUCUGCAGAAGUUUCAACUUUGGAGACAAGAUUAAGUGGGCUAAUGAGUUUUCUACAAAAUGAAGUUCAAAAUGAACAAAAAAUUAAUUUAGCAACGGAAGGUUUUGGUUUAUCGACUGAAAAUAAAUAUAAAUCCAAUAACCUGGUUGAAAAGAAGAAUAUAAAAUUACCAAAGCAAGGAACUGAUCAGCCGUCAGCGACCGCUGCUGGGUUGAUAAAUUAUGAGGUUGACAGGUGUAUUUUUUGCGAAGGACAGCAUGACAGUAUCAAUUGUUUUAAAGCACAAAAAUUGUCUAUGGAACAGAAACGACGAACAUUGUCAGAAAAGAAAGCCUGUUUUCGAUGUUUGAAGGUGCUACAUUCUUCGAAGAAAUGUAGAGCACGUUUGAAUUGUAUUUUGUGUUGUAAAUCCCAUGUUGUUUUGAUGUGUCCUGAUUUACCUGUUAACAAAAUUGAUACAUCGACCUCAAGUAUUAGCCGCUCGGAAGAAAAUAGGUCUGAGGAUCAGACGCUUGCGAAUUUGAAUAUUACACAGGUUUUUUUACAAACUCUGCGAGUAAACAUAAGAAGUGCACAUGGUACUAAACAAGUAAGGGCACUUGUUGACACUGGAUCGCAGAGAACAUAUAUUUUACAGCGUACCGCACAAGAAAUGGGUUUUUCUGCUAAAUGA